AUGGACCUCGCCGCGUCGUUGCUCGCGCGCGAGUCCGCGUCCGGAAGCGUCGACGCGCUCGUUGAAGCGAUGAAGGGCGCGAUCGAGGACGGCGGACGCCUCGUGUGGCUCUCCGCCGAGGUGGCCGCGAAGCACCUCUCGUCGCGAGCGUUCCUUGCCGCCGCGCGUAAAGAAGCCACCGCCGCGCUCGCCGCCGCGGACGCCGCCGCGACCGCCGCGGGCGAAGCGGAGGCGAACGACGACGCGAAGGCGCUCGAAGCCGCGACCGAGGCGGAAGAGCGCGCGGUGGAGAUGAGCGCGCGGUUGCGAGAAGGCUACGCGGAUCUCGCCGCGUGCGCGCUCACGCUGUUGCAGGCGGGCGCCGCGGGGGGGAGCGAAAAGAACGACGUCAAGUCGCCGUCCUCUUCGGGAAAGAAGAAGAGCUCUGCCACGCCGCCCGACGCCGACGCCGCGCCGAUUCUCGUCGCGAAGGACGCGAAGGCGGCGUCGAAGAUGGAGCGCGGCGGCCGGCAGGUCCUCGCCGCGCUGGACGGCCUCCUCGCCCCGGGGCCGUACCUCCGAGCGUUGGCGCCGCUUUUGGAUCACGACGACGGGAGCGUGCGAAGGAAAGCGCUGCGGCUCGUCGCGCACCGCCUGCGCGCGGCCGCGGCGGCGUCCGCGGCGGCCGCUUCCACCGCGAACAAGCACGGGAAGCGCGCGGGGAAGGAGCGCGCGAGGGACGCGCGGUCGAGGGCGCGCGCGAAGGACCGCGCGUGGCUGAAAAAAUCCGAGAAUCACGCCGCGUCCGCGGAGCGGAAAGCCGAGGACGAGGAAGAGGAGGAGGAGGAGUGGACCGAGGAAGUCGACGCCGGCGUCGCGAUCAUCGCGAGGGUCGCCGAGCUCGCGGACAGCGGCGGCGCGGCGACGCGGCACGCGGCGCUCUCCGCGCUCGAGGCUGCGGCGGCUCGGUUCGCGGACGCCGACGCCGCCGCGGAUUCACUCCUCGCCGCCGUCCCGAGCGCGGUGGCUGGGAUGAAGGCGAGCAGCCGCGGCGUCGUCGCGUCCGCGGCGACGUGCUUCGCGGCGCUGAUCCGCGCGCUCGGCGUGCGGUCGCUGCCGAUAUUGAACGAGUCGGUGCCGGCGCUUUUCGAAGCCGCGACGGACGCCGCGGGGAAAGUGAACGCCAAAGCGGCGAAGCUGAAGAAGAAGACGAAGGAGAAGAAGAAGGACGACGACGACGACGAAAGCGACGACGACGACGACGCGAAGGUCCUCGUCGCCGCGCUCAACGCCGUGGACGUCCUCAUGGAGACCAUGGGCGGGUACCUCUCCCCGCACCUCCCGUCCCUCCUGUCGUUGCUCUUCGCCCCCGCGGUGACGCCCGCCGCGGGGAGCGGCGUCGAGGCGCGCGACGCGCAGAUCGCCGCCGCGAAGAGCGGCAGCGCGGCCGCGAUCGCGAGCGAGGUGGCCGCGUCGCUCCGCGCGUCGCUCCCGAGAGCGGCGCCGCUGCGGUUGCUGCUGAAGCCGAUAUCCGACGCGUACGACGCCGCGGUGGCGCUCGGCGGCGGCGCGGGCGCGGGCGCAGCGUCGGCGGCGUUGCGCGUCGUCGCCGCCGCCGCGACGGCGUCGCCGCCGACGCAGAACCAGCGCGUCGCGCUGCUCGCCACGCUGCUUAGAGCGCUCGACGUUCGACGCUCGCCGCCCAAGGCGUGCGACGCGGACGACGUCGACGCCGUGGAGGGCGCCGCCGUGGACGCGUUCGUCUCGGUGUCGAUGCAGCUCACCGAGAGCGCGUUCGUGCCGGCGUUCGCGCACGUCGUGGAGUGGGCGAAAGCGCGCGCGAGCGACGCGCCCGCGGCGAGGGCGCGACUCGCCGCGCUGUUCCGCCUGUCCGCGUCGCUCGCGGACGCCCUGCGGGCGGUGUUCACGCCGCUCGCGACGCCUCUGUUGGACCUCGCCGCGGCGGCGUUGGACCCGGCGUCGGACCCCGCCGUCCCCGGCGGCGGCGGCGGCUCGCGGAAAAAGAAGAAGCGGAAGUCCGAGGGCGGCGGCGACGGCGACGCGCGCGCGAACGAAGACGCCGGCGACGACGACCCCGCGGUCCUCGUCGCGGAGAUGGACACGUGGCGCAUGCGGACGCGAGCGCUCGGCGCGCUCCGGCGGCUCUUCGCGCACGAUAAAGACGGCGGCGACUUUUUAGAUGCCGCGCGAUUCAACCAGCUCCACCCGCUCAUCACGCGGCAGCUGUCGUCGACGCCGCCGCGCGGCACCGCGGAGGCGAGCGCGGUGCGCGAGGAUGGAGAGGGCGAGGACGACGUCGCCGCGUCCGCCUCGGCCGUCGUCGCGGAGGGAAGCCUGGGCGCGGAGGUGGUGAAGUGCGUCGCCGCGAUGGUCGCCGCGGCGCCCGACGACGCGCUGUGGAAGCCCGCGCACCGCGGCGUGCUCCUCGCGACGCGCGAUGGGAAGACGCGCGCGCGUCUCCUCGCGCUCGCCGCGCUCGGGGCGAUCGUCGACGCGCUCGAGGAGGAGUACCUCGCGCUGUUGCCGGAGGCGAUUCCGUUUUUGAGCGAGCUGUUCGAAGACCCGGACGAGCGCGUGGAGGCGGCGGCGAGGAAGCUCACCGCGCGUCUGACGGAGUUGUCGGGGGAGGAUCUGAAGUCGCUCAUGAGCGAAGGCGGCGGGAGGUGA